CUCGGGCCCCGGCGCUCGGUUAUAAGAUGGCGGCGCUGAGCGGCGGCGGCGGCGCGGAGCAGGGCCAGGCUCUGUUCAACGGGGACAUGGAGCCCGAGGCCGGCGCCGGCGCCGCGGCCUCUUCGGCUGCGGACCCUGCCAUUCCCGAGGAGGUGUGGAAUAUCAAACAAAUGAUUAAGUUGACACAGGAACAUAUAGAAGCCCUAUUGGACAAGUUUGGUGGGGAGCAUAAUCCACCAUCAAUAUAUCUGGAGGCCUAUGAAGAAUACACCAGCAAACUAGAUGCCCUCCAACAGCGAGAACAACAGUUAUUGGAAUCCCUGGGGAAUGGAACUGAUUUUUCUGUUUCUAGCUCUGCAUCAACGGACACCGUUACAUCUUCUUCCUCUUCUAGCCUUUCAGUGCUACCUUCAUCUCUUUCAGUUUUUCAAAAUCCCACAGAUAUAUCACGGAGCAAUCCCAAGUCACCACAAAAACCUAUCGUUAGAGUCUUCCUGCCCAAUAAACAGAGGACGGUGGUACCCGCAAGAUGUGGAGUUACAGUCCGGGACAGUCUAAAGAAAGCUCUGAUGAUGAGAGGUCUAAUCCCAGAGUGCUGUGCUGUUUACAGAAUUCAGGAUGGAGAGAAGAAACCGAUUGGCUGGGACACUGAUAUUUCCUGGCUCACUGGAGAGGAAUUGCAUGUAGAAGUGUUGGAAAAUGUUCCGCUUACCACACACAACUUUGUACGGAAAACUUUUUUCACCUUAGCAUUUUGUGACUUUUGUCGAAAGCUGCUUUUCCAGGGUUUUCGCUGUCAAACAUGUGGUUAUAAAUUUCACCAGCGUUGUAGUACAGAGGUUCCACUGAUGUGUGUUAAUUAUGACCAACUUGAUUUGCUGUUUGUCUCCAAGUUCUUUGAACACCACCCAAUACCACAGGAGGAGGCCUCCAUAGCAGAGACUGCCCUUACGUCUGGAUCAUCCCCUUCUGCUCCCCCCUCCGAUUCUCCUGGGCCCCCAAUUCUGACCAGUCCGUCUCCUUCAAAAUCCAUUCCAAUUCCACAGCCUUUCCGACCAGCAGAUGAAGAUCAUCGAAAUCAGUUUGGACAACGAGACCGGUCCUCAUCAGCUCCAAAUGUGCAUAUAAACACAAUAGAACCCGUCAACAUUGAUGACUUGAUUAGAGACCAAGGGUUUCGUAGUGAUGGAGCCCCUUUGAACCACCUGAUGCGCUGUCUUCGGAAAUGCCAAUCCCGGACUCCCAGUCCCCUCCUACAUUCUGUCCCCAGUGAAAUAGUGUUUGAUUUUGAGCCUGGCCCAGUGUUCAGAGGAUCAACCACAGGUUUGUCUGCCACCCCCCCUGCCUCAUUGCCUGGCUCACUCACUAAUGUAAAAGCAUUACAGAAAUCUCCAGGACCUCAGCGGGAAAGAAAAUCAUCUUCAUCCUCAGAAGAUAGGAAUCGAAUGAAAACACUUGGUAGACGGGAUUCAAGUGAUGAUUGGGAGAUACCUGAUGGGCAGAUCACAGUGGGACAGAGAAUUGGAUCCGGGUCAUUUGGGACAGUCUACAAGGGAAAGUGGCAUGGUGACGUGGCAGUGAAAAUGUUGAAUGUGACAGCACCCACACCUCAGCAGUUACAGGCCUUCAAAAAUGAAGUAGGAGUACUCAGGAAAACUCGACAUGUGAAUAUCCUACUCUUUAUGGGCUAUUCAACAAAGCCCCAACUGGCUAUUGUUACCCAGUGGUGUGAGGGCUCCAGCUUAUAUCACCAUCUCCACAUCAUUGAGACCAAAUUUGAGAUGAUAAAGCUUAUAGAUAUUGCACGGCAGACUGCACAGGGCAUGGAUUACUUACACGCCAAGUCAAUCAUCCACAGAGACCUCAAGAGUAAUAAUAUUUUUCUUCAUGAAGACCUCACAGUAAAAAUAGGUGAUUUUGGUCUAGCCACAGUGAAAUCUCGAUGGAGUGGGUCCCAUCAGUUUGAACAGUUGUCUGGAUCCAUUUUGUGGAUGGCACCAGAAGUGAUCCGAAUGCAAGACAAAAACCCAUAUAGCUUCCAGUCAGAUGUAUACGCAUUUGGGAUUGUUCUAUAUGAAUUGAUGACAGGGCAGUUACCUUAUUCAAACAUCAACAACAGGGACCAGAUAAUUUUUAUGGUGGGACGAGGAUAUCUUUCUCCAGAUCUCAGUAAGGUACGGAGUAACUGUCCAAAAGCCAUGAAGAGAUUGAUGGCAGAGUGCCUAAAAAAGAAAAGAGAUGAGAGGCCACUCUUUCCCCAAAUUCUCGCCUCUAUUGAGCUGCUGGCCCGCUCAUUGCCAAAAAUUCACCGCAGUGCAUCAGAACCCUCCUUGAAUCGGGCUGGCUUCCAAACAGAGGAUUUUAGUCUCUAUGCUUGCGCUUCUCCAAAAACACCCAUCCAGGCAGGGGGAUACGGAGAAUUUGCAGCCUUCAAGUAGCCACACCAUCAUGGCAACAACUACUCUUAUUUCUUAAGUCUUGUGUUCGUACAAUUUGUUAACAUCAAAACACAGUUCUGUUCCUCAAAUCUUUUUUUAAAGAUACAGAAUUUUCAAUGCAUAAGCUGGUGUGGAACAGAAUGGAAUUUCCCAUCCAACA